CAUACAUCGAUAAAAAUAAAUAUCGCCCAUCCAUAAUUACUUUCGGCUUUUGUUUUCUAGUAAAAUAUUGCCGUUUGUACAUAUAUGCACCGAUAUCGUUAAAUAAUUAUGUUGCCUAGUGAUAUUAGGAAUAAGAUGGAGAAAAAGGUCGAUGAAAAAUUAGACAGUCUGACCAACUAUGUGCCAUUCAUUAAUUACUUGCUGGAAUUAGAUAAUGUUAAAUACAAAAAAUUUGAAGAUAUACAACAUUGGAUAAUAUCUAGAAAGAGGUACCCGAUGAAUGUACUACAAAAGAUUGAGCAGUCGAUCAUAACGCAGUACAGAAAUUUGUUUUUGGAUGAUGUGAAAGUCCCCAAAAAUAUUAUGGAUAUUUUUAAUACACAUGCGCAUGUUAAAUGCUUUAGUGUAAAUUUGUGCUCCGAUGACGAAGAUAACGCUGAAAACUCAUCGGAUAUUGAAGAGGAUGACGAUGAUGUUAUUAUCGUGUCCAUAUCACCAAAUGAACAAGAUAAAGUGCAGCCACCAACAGAAAAACCGAAUCAAUGUGUUAAAAGCAAUGAUGAAGAGACAUCCUCAGCUCGUAGUAAAACCAAAGAACAGGAAGUGACUUCCAAGCCCGCUUUAGAACCUUGCAUAAUUGACGAACCAAUAUGCUUAGAUUCGGAUGACGAUGAAGUAUUGAUUGAUACAGUUCCAAACGAUGAUGAAUUAUGUGUCAAGAAGGAGCAACUUUUUAAGCGGAGGGGAGAUUUUAUAGACAGUGUUGAAGAGAAAGAAGAAAGUAAAGAAAAUGAAAUAGAUGCAAUUAUUCAAAGGUAUGCGAAUCAACCAAAUGAAUUGAGCAAAGAUAAGGGUAAACCAAUUGAGGUUGUUCAAUUGCACCACAUGCGGAAGGCGGAUUUAGAUUUGGAGAACAUGAAUACAGAUAAGUUGAAUCAUAUCUAUGAGGAUUUAACAAAGGAAAUUGAAAUUGAUGUCGAGCAAUUGCUGAAAAGUGUAAACUUGACUUCCACGGAAAAAGAAAAUAAUACAAAUAAUUUGCCAUAUGAGGAUUUUUAUAGUUCACCAAAUUGCACAAAUAAGUCUACGUAUGAGGAUUUUAUUAGUUCAACCCACUACACAAAUACAGGUGUAUCUGUGACUCCUUAUCCUGUAGUGAAUUCAAACGUAAUACAACCCAAUAUAUAUAGUAUACGACCUCCUAUAUUGCCACCACAGACACCGCUUAGAUUAAAUUUAAAAGACCCGCGAAUCGUUAAAUUAUUAGAAAAAAGUAAUACUUUGCAAAUGAUUUCAAUGGGCAUGCCCAUAAGAAACGUAACUACAUCGACGGAAUUGCCGAAAUCUGAGCCAAAAACAUAUGGUGAUUAUAAACGGGAAAAAGCGGAGAAAGCGAAAAAGGCUGAGGAACUGAGGAGAAGAGAAGAAGCGAGGAAAGCCGAAGAAUUAAGAAGAAUAGAGGAAGCUAAAAUAUCAGAGGAAUUAAGAAGAAUAGAAGAAGCGAAAAGAGCAGAGGAACUAAAGAGAAUUGAAGAAGCGGAAAGAGCAGAGGAACUGAAGAGAUUACAGGAAGCGAAAAGAUCAGAGGAAUUAAAGAGAAUAGAGGAAGCGAAAAGAGCAGAGGAACUAAAGAGAAUAGAAGAAGCGGAAAGUGCAGAGAAAUUACAGAGAAUAGAGGAUAGGAAGAGAGCAAAGAAAGAGGAAGUGAGGAGUAAAGAAGAAGCCAAAAGAUCAAAGGAAAUAUCAAAUAUCAUCAUAGAGGAAGCGAAAAGAGCAGAGGAAUUAAAGAGAAUAGAGGAAGCGGAAAUAGGUGAAGAACUACAGAGAAUAGAGGAAAGGAAGAUAGCAACGAAAGAGGAAGUGAGGAGUAAAGAAGAAGCCAAAAUAACAAAGGAAUUGAGAAAAAUGGAAGAAACGAACAGAGGCACUGCAUUGUCAAAUGGAAACAAUCAAUUAAACUUAUUUGGUGAGCAACAAACUGAUUUCAGAAGUAUACUUUUGAAUACUAUUCUACCAUAUGGUGACAAAAUACUACAUGUCCUUAGAAAAGACAACGAUUUGCAAGAACUUACUGAUAAAAUAACAGAAUUGGGCAAUUCCAAAAAAGAAGCAGAUAAAAAAACUGCUGCUAACACAACCUCAGUAAGUCAUCAAAUAUUAUCUGUUGUUGAUGCUGCAGUUAAUGAGAGUAACCAAAAUACCGAAAGUGCAAAUAAUGUACAAAAUAGUUUGGAAAAGCAGACAAAAUGCGAGCUUUAUUCUAAGUACACACAAAAGAGCAAUAAGCGUCGGCGAAAAGAAAAAGAGAAUAAAGCAAAAACUGCUUUCAAAAGAAUACGUAGUAUUUCCUCUUCUUCGUCAACAACAUCGGAAUGGGAAUCGUCGUCCAUAGCAUCGACGAUAACAACACAGCCUUCAACCAGCUCUACAACAGCUGCUAAUAGUAAGAGAGCAAGAGAGAAUCAACCAUUGGUUUAUGAGCCAAUUAUAAAGUUAAGAAGACUUUCAGCGGAAACUAUUUCAAAAUACACGAAAAUGCCGUUAGUAAACGAGUCCAAAACUAUAAACAUACUUUUAGUAGAAGACGUCAAAAGGACGAAGAAAACCGUGCAUCAUUUUGUCAAGGAGAAACCGAUCAAACUAAAUGUUAAAUAUAAAAACAUGGAUCUAAAUAUGACCAAUAAUAACACGAAAUUUUGUGUUUUGUGUAAAUCAAAACCAUCCGAUUUAACGAAUCACUACAAAAGGGUACACAAAACCGAAUCGUAUGUGGCACGUCUCAGCAGAUCCGCCUUACAAUAUUUGGAAAACAACAUUUCAUUUGCACAAAAAUUAGCAAAAACUACAUCACAGAAUGUUAUAAAGUAUAAAGUUAAAUGUGCUUUUUGUGAGGAUGAAAUCGAAGAUAAGUUUAUAAGUUUUUACAAGCAUUUCUCUAUACAUACCGGGGAAUAUGCUUUUAAAUGUGAUAUUUGCAAGUUGGAAAAACCCUAUGAAUUUGACAUACAAUCGCACAAAUGUCAUUCGAAGUCCUGUCGCAAUGCCGCCAUACGAACACUCUACCAAUAUCCACCAAACGUGCUCGUCAUAUAUUUAUAUUGUUGUAAAAUAUGCAAUUUCGUGCAAUUAAAUGAAGCCAAUACAUUUAAACAUUUGCGUGAUCACCAUGACAAACGGCAAGAUGAUUCGAGUUGCAUAAAAAAAUAUAUACUCACAGCUAUAAAUGAUGAGGAGACUUGCGAGAAAUCCGCUGAAUUAGAUACAAACUAUGAAUUACUAAUGAAGGAUGAUGAUGUUGAAGAUAUACCGGUGAAAAAUGAGGCCAUACCAGAAGAUAUAACCGAUUUCCAAAAAGCGGAAAAAGAGCAGUUAGAGUCAAAUGAAUUGCCUGGUAGGCAGCAAGACUUCAAAGCCUCGAUUAGCAACGGCUUAGCAAUGGUAGAACUUCCGAGUACCAAAUACUACAAAUACUCCUCUGUACUAAAUAAAAAUCCAACAAUGGUGCAACAGAAUGAUGAAGGACCUAUAGUUAUGUCAUCAGUGGAAAAUUUUGUGAAUUCAAGUGCUGUGCCGUGUUUGGAGUACAUAAAAACGGAAUGCUCGGACCUAUUACCGAUACAAAAAGAAAAUUAUAGUUGUAAGAAACUAACGCAAAAUUCCAGUAACAUUUUGUAUCGCCAAUAUCCUAAUGAAGUUUCUUAUUUCGGCUUAUACAAAUGCAUGGCAACGGAUUGUCUAUUCUCAACGGAUGCUAAAGAGGAAAUAUUACAGCACCUGCAGGAACAUUUGAGCAGCGAAUGCCCACCCGAAGACUGUCUACUAUGCGCUUACUGUCAAUUAGAUGCAGAGAAUUGCUCUACACCUGAAGAGUUGAUUGCACAUAUACAACAAAAUCAUCAGCAUUCGCAGUUUCAAUGUUCACUUUGCUGCUAUCGCGGUAUCUCACCAAGUCAUGUUUCAGAGCACUUUAAGCAUGCGCACUCAGAACAAGAGUUGCAAUUUGUGUUUAAAUGUGCGUUGGAUAUCAAUUUAGACACUAGUGUACCAACAAAUAUCGCUGAAUUGCUGGAAGAAAAUGUGGAACCGCUCGUUUGUCCGCUUAACGAUUGUGUGCAGAGUUUCCAGAGCGUGAUUUGGAUGAAAAAUCAUCUCAUGCAUACGCACUCUUUGCCGAUCAAAAGUGAAUUUAUUACAGGGCUGGAAAAAUAUGCAUGUAUAUAUUGUACAAUGAAUUUUUAUAAUUUGGAGAAGGUCAAUAAUCAUUUGGCUACGAACCAUCCCGACCGGCAGCCUUACGUUUGCGAGAGAAUUUUGCUUCCAGAAAAAGAGGAGGAUUUAUUGCAAAAUUUAACGAUAACAUUUGUGUCACUACCAACAAUACCAGCUGAAAAUAUCAGACAUGUAAAGGUUAAACCAGAAUUCGGUUUUAACUCUACGAAUGACAGGUCUUUGUUAACGAGAACAGUUACUGCAGAAAAUCAUGGUGCGUUUGACACCAAGCCAAAUUUAGAGCAAUUAGUGCGAACAGCUGAAGAGAGCGUCAAACUGAGUUUGCUCAAAUUGAUCGAAAAUACGGGCAUUUCACCCAAUUUACUCUAUCAUUGCCCACAAUCUACAUGCGGUGGAUUUUUCUCAUCCUACGACUUGUGGUAUAGGCACAUGAGCCUACGGCAUUGUUGUAUUUUAAGCAUUUGUCCACAUUGUACCAAUGAUAAGAAGACCGAGUUGCCAUUGGUCGAUUUCAAAGAGCACUUCCAACAACACUGUUGUCAUCUAUAUGGCUGUUUCCAUUGCGGUGAAACAUUCUCUAAUGAGCAGGCAACAAGAGAUCACAUAUCAGUUGCUCACAAAGAUAUAAAUACAGACGCUGCGACGAUACAAACAGCAAAGGUGGCACUUUAUUUCAAUCAAUCAUUUAAUAUAUUGCUGAAAUCGGGACAAGAAAAGGAGAGAUACAGCCUUUUGUUGGAGCUGCAAGAAGUGGUACAAAAUCGUUGUAAAUAUAUAGAAAAGUUGUACUAUGAAUCUUUAAAAACACAGUGGAUUGUGCCGGUGACCGCAACGUGGUUGGAGAACUUUCCCAGUUUCAAAACUAAUGAACGGAUCAAACGGAAGUGCUUUUGUCAACAUUGUCCCUUCCAAGCGUAUGAUAAUGAAUUGUUUUAUGAGCAUUUAAGAAAAAGUCAUCAGGUUAAUAAUAGUAAAUUUGUGUGUGCCAAAUGUGAUUUUCAUGUAGCGUGCAACAACUGGGACCCCAUUAUAGAUCACAUAAAAAUGCAUGUGCUAAACAUACACAUAUGCUCGGUAUGCUCAUAUUAUCAUCAUGAUCGACAAGCAAUACGUGCACAUUUAUCGCAAGAGCAUCGCUUUAGAGAUGUACCGAUUGUGACGCUAAUACGUUCGUCGUUGAAUACUCAAAUUUCGUUAGCCAUUGUAUUUGCACAGCAAAGAAAAACAUUUUCUACCAUAAACACUUGCUUUUGUUGUGAUAAAAACAGUAAUGCAUGGCAUGCAUUAGCCAUACAUUUGAAGAAGGCUCACCAUUUGACAUUGCAAUAUUUUUGUGAAAUAUGCGACGAGUCACUUAAACUCACAGAAUGUGAUGUGCAUUUUACCAACUGUCAUCCAACAGCAGCGUUAAGAAUACGCUGUCAAAUUGCUACUAACACUCAAAUAAUUAUAGACAGCGUGAUGCCAUUCAAGCUCAUAAUGAAAUCAAAUGUUAAUGAUGCACUCGGCGUAGUAAAAGUAAUUAAGCAAGAACCCUGUGAUAUUGAUACGGAUAGUGAUAUUGAAAUAAUUAAUGACGAUGAUAUUGUCAUCGCUAAUGAUGUGAAUAUGUGCGAAACACAGAAAAAUCCUAAAGCCAUUAGAUGUGUGACUGUGGCAAACCUACAAAGGCAGCACACAAAUAACGCUAGUUUUGAAAAGCUUGCAUCGCAACAGCCACCACUGCCAGUUACAGAUUCUCCAGCAAUUAGAUGUGUGAAUGUUGCGAACCUACAAAGUCAGCACAAAAAUAACGUUAGUUUUGAAAGGCUUACAUUGCCAGAACCACCACUGCCAGUUGCUGUAUCAAUAUCACAGACACAGCCACAGCAACAACUGCAACUACAGUCACAAUUCAUUCCACAGUUCAUGGCUCAAGCGAGACACCUCUACCCGACGGGCGUAACAAAUACAAACACGCCUUUAUUUACACCGCGGUUAGCAAUGCAUAGCCAAAAUCCAAAUUUCACCGGUGACUGCAAUUACAGGCCUAUUGAAAUUUUUAUAAAUGCCACGGACAAUUCUCCGAACAACAAUUACUCUCUCCAAAAUUUUCACCCAUGAAAGAGAUAAGGCUUUACGUCCAUGGCAUAAUUGUGAUAAA